AUGGACUUGAGCGCCAGCGGACGACUGUCUCCGCGCCCUAGACGGCACGCGUCCUCGGCAGACCGAUUACCGUCGCCGUCCCCAAGCACUCCUUGCCUGUCCACGGGGAGACUGCUCUCGGGGCUCGUCACUCGUUUCUUCAAUCGACGAUUCGCCUUCGCCCUGCCGACCGUCUGCGUUCUCGGCUCCAAAGUCGUCCACAUUUGCUCUCACAAGUCAGCCCUUUCAGCCGUUCAUUUCAAGCGAUGGAGCUUUUCAUUCUUUGCCCAGGACCUGCUCCUGAUACUGCUGUUUCGCUUUCUUUUCGACAAGUCUUGUUUGAACGGCGCUCGUUGGGUGCAGCUCGCCGGCAAGACGCUGGCUUGGCUGCUGGCCCCGAUCGCCACCGCCUUGGGCGUCUUCAACGUCUGCUUCUUUCUGCUGACGGGCGCGGAGGUCCAUUGGCGCAACAUUGCCUUCGCCAGCGAUGCGUCUUCGCGCGCCUUGCUCCUGUCGGGGCUCCUGACCCUGGUGACCGUCGCUAGCUGCGCAGUGUUGACCGCCUGGGCUCUGCAGGACCUCUUGUAUCUCGUCGCUGGCAUGGCUACAGACACGCUCAAGUGGCCCUUGAGGAGGUUCGUGCUGCGCAGGCCUCAAGGUAGUGGAUCCAUCGUCGAAUACACAGCCCUCGAUGACAGCUACGACGACGACAACGACGACAACGACGACGUGAAAUGGCCAAAAGAGUCGUUGGAGCGUGCAUCUGCCCGCGAGGGGAAACCCCGAAGGUGCAUGCCGCUGCUGCGGGCGGCAUCGUACGCCUUGGUGGCCAUUGUGCUCAUCGCACAAGUUGUGUGCACAGCGAUACGACCGCACGAAAGCUCCCUCAUCUUCUUGUCGUGGACCUCGAUUCUCCUACCCUUUGUCGACUUUUCCUCCACCUCGCCAAACCUGAAGCAUCUUUUGCCCUACUACAACAACGGGAUCAACUAUGAGUGGGAUAACCGUACAGCCCUGCUCCCCCCCACGCCGCUACCCUGGCUCUCGCAAGAACCCAAGAUUCCUGGGUUCGACGAUUGGUACAAGUCGAAAAAGCACUACAACGCAUCCGCCGAUCCCCUGAAGAUUUCCAACCUCGGCUCGGAGCUGUUACCCCUGCUGCGAGAGAAGCUCGGAGAUGUCGAAAUCCGCCACGUCGUCAUCAUCUUCUUGGAGAGCACCAGGAAGGACGUGUUUCCCCUGAAAAAACACGGCAUGAUUGACGCCAAGCUGUCGGACACCUAUGUCCCCGGUCACAUGCCCAAGGAGGUCGAGGAAAGACUGGCAACGCUGACCCCAACGGCCAACUACCUCACCGGAGACUACGACGACGGCUUCGAGCACGAGACAAGAAGGGCCCGCGGCGGCAUCAGCUUCAACAACGCUUACACGACGGCAACAUAUACCCUCAAGAGCCUGACGGGCACGCUUUGCGGCGUCACGCCCCUGUUGGCCGACUUUAACCUCGAGUACAACCACCACAUCUACCAGCCGUGUCUGGCCCAGAUUUUCGAGGCGCUCAAUCACGUGGACGGUGCCAAGGACGACGAGCCAUUCGUCGGUUACAAAUGGGUUUCCAGCUUCAUGCAGUCCGUCACGUUCGACUUUGACAAGUUUGGCGAUUUGAUGCUCAAGCUGGGAUUCCCCGCGGACCGCCUCAUCGACAGGGAGUACCUCAAGAGCGACAAGGCCAAGUUUGGCCGCGUUGAUUUGCCCGACGUCAACUACUUUGGAAUGGUUGAGGCGCCUUUGGAGGACUACAUCCGCGACGCCUUUGCCUCUGCGGAGAAGAAGAAGGAACGCGUCUUCCUGACGCACAUCACCAGCACAAGCCACCACCCCUUUGGGAUGCCUCGAAACGAAACGUACGUGCCUCUGUCCAAGACGGGCCACGACGACCUGUCGCACUACCUCAACGCCAUUGGCUACGACGACCGGUGGCUGGCCAAGAUUGUAGGCAUGCUCGACGAGCACAAUGUGGCCAACGAGACGCUGCUCGUCGUGCUCGGCGACCACGGCCUGUCGAUGCCCGAAAACGACAUCGUGUCGGCAUACUACAACCCCAACGUCGGCAGCAACCACGUGCCGCUGGUCAUCUCGCACCCUCACCUGCCGGCCAUGAGCGUGGACGAGCCGGUGAUUGCGUCGCAGAUCCUGCCCACGAUCCUCGACGUGCUCGUGGAGACGAAAUCCCUCGGCGCGGCCCACAAGCGCGCGCUGAGAGACCUGAUGGCCAACUACGAGGGACAGUCGCUCUUGCGGAAGCAGGAAAAGGCCGGGCCCGACGGCCGAGGAAACUGGCAAUUCACCAUUCUCAACCCCGGCCGCGCCAUGCUCAGCGUGCGCGACGCCCGACAGCCGAGCCUGCGGCUCAUCGUGCCGGUCAUUGACAACAUUGAGUGGCAGUUGACCAACGUCAGCUCGGAUCCCAAGGAGCAGCACCCCAUUGCGGGCUUCAACUUUGCUUCGUUUCUGGAAAAGAUUGAGGACAGCCACGGCGUCGAGACGGCCGAGUGGGCCGAGGAAGCGGCCUUUGUGUCGAGGUGGUGGGUCGAGGAAAACAGCAAGCGGUGGCGGUACGGGCCGUGGUCCGAGUAG